AUGGCUUGUUCUGAAGCCAGUCAAGAUGAGGACCCGUUGCUUCACAUCCUACAUUCCCUCCUGGUGGAUAAAAUGUCCGACGCAAAGAACGUUGUCCUGCACGGAAGCACCACCGGACAAGUAUCCAUCCUGGAUCCCAUGGUGGUAACAGAACCCAUUACCAUGACAGUGAGGGAACCCAAAGGUUUCGUCAACGUCACUCUUAGGAAAAUGCGUGUGGAAGGUCUGGGAAACUUCCAGCUUCGUGACAUGGUAACGAACAUAGACAUACUGCGAUCGUCUGUGCUGUUACGUUUUCCGGAGAUCAAAAUCCGAGCUACAUAUCGUCUGAAGGGAUACCUCAACCCUCCUAUCCCACAAUCACUAGUAGACGAAGGACUGUUCGAAGCCAAAGUACAGGACUCGGCUGCUACUUGGAUUGGAAAAAUAGAACAAGAUACAGCGAGUGCAUCGCUAAACGGAUCACUGACCCUUAGCCAAUCAGCAUUCCGUACGCAUUGGGAUUCCGUAUCACACACGUUUACCAGCUUUUUAAAGAAGAAUGAAGAAGCACUUCAAGCUGCAGGAGAAUUAUUGCAAGCUGUGUGUACGGGAGUCAUUGAGAAAAUUCAAAAGAUGGCCGAGGAGGGCCUAGAAAAGGCUAUAGCACAUGUCAUGGGAAGAACAAAGCAGACAUCCUGGUUUGAAAUGUAUCCACCUGUACCGAUGGAAACCGCGCCUAUACUUAUUGAUCCAGACUUUGAAUAUUUAGAAGCCGACACUUCGCCGUUUGUCGCAGAAGCUGAAAACUCACCGAUUGAGCAUGAAGGCCGAAGUCCUCGUAGAAAGAGACAAGUUCCUUGUGAAAAUGGCGAAGGUUUGGAUGAAUACGUAGACACACUUCUCCGAUUUGGACGACGACUUCUCCGUUUCCAGGAGCCUCUUCCUUUCCCCAAUACGACAGUGAAGAUUGACGAUAUGCUGACGGUCUUUUUAUACAAUGGAGGAGUAAGAGGAGCAUCCAAUCUUUCGAGAAGAAAGAAUGCUUAUGUGAAAUGUACUAACACAAGCACAACUCUCGGAUUAGUCGUACGUCUGGAGAAUUUGCGAGUAACUAUGAAAUACAGAGUCCUGCAAGACUACAGGCUGCUGCUCUUUAAUGGUGAAGGAGACGUUCGAAUUAGUGAAGUUAUCACCUUAGUGCAGUUGACACAAUUCACCUUACCUGGUGGAGAAACGAGACAGCGACUAGACAGGCUGAAAAUCUGGAAACUUGGUCGUGUCAACGUGCGUCUCCGCGGACUGGGUAGCUUGACGUCAGCGCUGUCCAUGCUCCUCACGUAUCAAAUCAAUGAAGAUCCUAAAGCAGUCAUCCCCGUUGCCGAAGCACAAGUCACCCACGUCAUUCGGCAGCAGCUGAACAACAUCACGAUCCCCAUUUUCUCGCUUAUUUAA